CCCUUUAAAUUAAAUCUAUCAUGCAUUUUCUUCCCUAAUAUCCCUUAAUUCCCAAAUCUUCCGUGCACAUUUACAGAUAAACAGAUAUGGCAUUUCGUCUUCACCUUUUUUCAUCCUUUCUUUUGAUUCUCAUAACCAUUCUUUCAUCUGGACCAAACGCGGCUGAAGGUGCAAGAGUUUUCACAAUAAUAAACGACUGCAAGGAAACCAUCUGGCCGGGGGUGACCCCAGGAGAUAACUUCAACGGUGGUGGCUUUGAACUCAAGUCAGGCCAAUCGGUCGUCUUCAAUGCUCCAGUCGGGUGGAGCGGUCGCAUAUGGGGUCGAACCGGCUGCAAGUUCGAUAAAAACGGCAAUGGUUCUUGCCAGACCGGGGACUGCGGCAACACCCUCAAGUGUAAAGGCUCAGGCGAAACUCCGGCAUCACUUACCGAAUUCACCCUUGCCAACCUCGAUUUCUACGAUGUGAGCCUCGUUGAUGGCUUUAAUCUGCCAAUUGUAGUCAAGGCCUUUGGCAAGGGAAAUUGCAGUACGGCUGGAUGUGAGUCGGACCUGAGAAAAACUUGCCCGUCGGAGUUGUCGGUGAAGUCUAACGGGAAGGUUAUUGCUUGCCGGAGCGCGUGCGAUGUGUUCAACACGGAUGAGUACUGUUGCAGAGGAAUUUAUGGGAAUUCUGCCGUUUGCCAACCUACGUAUUACUCCAAGAAGUUCAAGAAUGCAUGCCCCACUGCAUAUAGUUAUGCCUAUGAUGAUCCAACCAGCAUUUUCACUUGCACCGGAUCCGACUAUAUCAUCACCUUCUGCGCAUCCAACAGGAAGCAAACGGUAUGCAGUUACCACGGUCGAAAGCUGAUAUGCAGCGGAGCAAACGGCUUCAGAUCCUUGGUGGGAAGAUGGUGGGGGCUCAUGCUGGCACUGGUAUUAAUGACUAAUAUGUGGGUUAUAUCUUAAGGACAUAUAAUUCGGCCUUUGUUCUAGAAAAUUUAUUGGUUUUUUUUUUUUUUUUUUUUUUUUUUUUUUUUUUUUUUUUUCAUUUAAUGAGUGUACGAUGCCCAGCUAUCUCACCUCUUUUUAACAAUCCAAGAAAAAUACGUUAAUGGGAAUAUAAAAAGUACUAUCCAAU